AUGCAAAAAUUGAACUAGCAUACACUGUCCAAACCUGUCAAUGAACAUGUCUCUUACACAAGAGGAAGUUAUGCGCCCCCUUGUCAACUUUCCUUCCAGCGUGUGGGGAGAUCAGUUUCUCAUCUACGAUGAGCACGUGGAGCAUGCUACGAUGGAACAAAUAGUGGAAGACUUGAAACAAGAAGUGAGGGAAGACAUAAUGACAACUUUGGAUGUUCCAAUGGAACACACAAAUUUGUUAAGAUUGGUUGAUGCAAUCCAACGCCUUGGCAUAGCUUAUUAUUUUGAAGAAGAGAUUGAUAAAUUGUUGCGACAUAUUUAUGAUGCAUAUGGUGAUGACUGGAAUGGGGGGAGUCCUUCCCUUUGGUUUCGACUUAUGCGACAACAUGGUUUCUAUGUUUCAUCUGACAUUUUCAAUAGGUACAAGGACAAAAAUGGAGCUUUUAAAGAAUCUUUAGCCAAUGAUGUUCAAGGUAUGCUUGAGUUGUAUGAGGCAACUUAUGUGAGGGUGCAUGGCGAAGUUGUACUAGAUGAUGCUCUUGUUUUUACAAGAGUUCACCUUGACGAAAUAGCCAAGGAUUUAGUUCAAAGCAACUCUGCUUUGUCUAUCCAUAUACAAGAGGCACUAAAGCAACCUAUACAGAAAAGGUUGCCAAGACUAGAGGCUUUGCGCUACAUUCCUUACUAUGAACAACAAGCUUUUCAUAACGAGUCUUUACUUAAACUUGGGAAGUUAGGGUUCAAUUUGCUUCAAUCACUACAUAAGGAGGAGCUUAGCCAAGUUUCCAAGUAUGCAUAUAUACUCCGGUGGUGGAAAGGCCUUGAUGUCCCAAACAAUCUACCUUAUGCAAGAGACAGAAUGGUUGAAUGUUACUUUUGGGCACUUGGUGUGUACUUUGAGCCACAAUAUUCUAGAGCUAGAAUUUUCUUAACCAAAGUGAUUUCAAUGGCAACAAUUCUUGACGACACUUAUGAUGCUUAUGGUACUUAUGAGGAACUUAAGAUAUUUACCGAAGCAAUUCAAAGAUGGUCGAUUACAUGCUUGGAUGGGCUUCCAGAAUACAUGAAACUGAUAUAUGAAGGACUAUUGGAUAUUUACAAAGAAAUGGAAGAAAUCAUGGCAUGUGAGGGAAAAUCAAAUCAUCUCGGCUAUGCUAAAGUGUCUAUGAAAGAGUUUAUUAGAAGCUACAUGAUGGAAGCGAAAUGGGCAAAUGAGGGAUACAUACCGACAAUAGAGGAGCACAUGUCAGUUGCAUUUAUCAGUAGUGGGUAUAGCAUGCUUGCAACAACAUGUUUUGUUGGCAUGGGUGAUAUAGUCACAAAUGAUUCGUUCAAAUGGGCUCUUAGCAAACCUCUUCUUGUUAAAGCUUCAUGUCAAAUUGCUAGACUCAUGGAUGAUAUUUUCUCCCAGAAGGAGGAGAAAGAAAGGACGCAUGUUGCAUCUAGUGUUGAAAGUUACAUGAAGCAAUAUGAUGUUCCAGAAGAGUAUGUACAGGACUUGUUCAACAAGAAAAUUGAAGAUGCUUGGAAAGAUAUAACCCAAGAGUCCCUCGUGUGUAAAGAUGUUCCAAUGGCUCUAAUAAUGCGUGUGAUCAACUUGGCACGGGUGAUGGAUGUUCUAUAUAAGCGUAAAGAUAGUUUCACACAUGUUGGAGAAGAAUUAAUAGAUCAUAUCAAAUCUCUGCUUGUUCAUGCUAUAAGUAUAUGAGUUUCAACUUUCAAGUCCGCGUGUUAUGCAGUGUUUCAUACACUGCCGGUUUUCUUGAAAAUGUUUUUUUUUCGCAAGUAAGGUCUCAAGUUAUUAGGUGUUUGAUAGCUCUGAAUGUAAUUUAUUACUACUGCUUAUUUAUUAACCAUAUAAAAUUUGGUU